AUGACAAUCAACACAAAAAAUGCAAGAUUGAUUGGGUUAAGGCUACUGAUGGAAAUGGCCAUAUCGCUACUUGUCGUCUUAAGUGUCAAACGAAAUGCAGAUAUAAUCAAAAAACGGACCAAUGGCGUUGUAGAAAAUCUAGUACAGGUUUAUCCAAAUCAUGUGAAUGUUGUAGAGAUAAUGUUCCUGGCGUUCCUAUUCCUCCUUAUUGAGAAAAUGCAACUGCUUACCUGCUACAUAUGGCUGAAUACCGAAUCUGUAAUAUAA